UUUGGCAAACAAACAUUGCAAACGAGGAGAAAGUGGAAAUCUAAAAUCUAAGUGGAGGUAGUGGAGCAUGGGACUGUAAAACCCUCUCUCUCUCUCAAUAAAAGAAAAGAAGAAAUCGACAAAGAGGUCUUUUAUGGUCCGGCCAUUUUCGCCGAUAUAAUCCAUCAUUUACGAAUUGAACGAAACCUUAAGAAGCCAAUUCGUUUUCAGGUUGAACCCAUGACGUCCUCAUGAACCACAGAUCAUGUGUUUGCUCUUGCCAUUUGACAAAAUUCCUGGGGAUUAUCUGUCAAUGCUUAAUUAUGGGCUCUAAAUGGUCAUUCCAGUGCCCAUGUUAUAAUGGUUGUAUGGACCAGUUUGUAUGCCUGUACGUCCUACAGAAAUUGUCAAAAUAGUUAACAUUGGUUUGUGGGGUUUGCAGUGCAGCUGAUAAACCAUCUGCUUCUAUAAGCUAUUUCACCUAAUUCCGAGCUAUUCUUUUUGUCAAAUAGUGGAGACAUAUUAUUGUGGAGGGGAGUGACUGCAUCUUAUCAUAUCUCCAUGUUCACAAUAAAAGAAUCAACUAAUGCCAUUUCUGAUAUUUGUAAUGAAGUAUUCUGGUGCUCCUAUUUCUCUCCCACUGGUGAUUUAAUUUUAAGGGGAGUUAGAAGCAAUGAAAAAAAUAACUUCUGAUACAUUCUCUCAAGUGAAGAUUUAAAAGAGUGAAAGUAUAACUUAUUUGAAAGAAAGGAAGGUUUUUUGUCAAUAACAUAGUACCCUGUGCGUUAUCUUGUGGAUUUUGGAAUAUGAUGGGUUCGUGUACUAUUCUAGCAUGCUGAAGCUUCUUUUGUGACUCAAGGUGCUGCUUGUUUUGAAUUGUAUUGUGUGAACAAGAGAGACAUCAAGAUGAAUGAUUGAAGUUACUAUUAGGGUUUCAAAUUUCUUUUUUCGUGUAGAUUAGUUCUUAGUUCUUAUAGAGAAUUGUUGAGAAAUGGGUUUUCUGAAGUUCUCGUGAAAUGACGAUUGCCAAAAUUCACUUAAGGAGUCAACAUUUCACUAAUGUCGGAUUCUAACACAAGUAACACCCCUCCAUCUGUCAAGCUUGACUUUUGGAGUGUGGACAACAUAACAUAGGAGUUCGACAUUUGGUAAAACGAAGAUACAUAUUACUUGGGGUAUACUUAAGAUACAAAUCAUAAAAGGUGUAGAUUGAGAGGUGCGGAAAGAGAUUUGCUAUUUGGAAAAGGCAGUAUCUAUCAUCGGGCAUCAACAAAUGCUUUGCUCUCUCCCACCUAUAUUAUCUUUGUUCCUAAUGCCCAUGAGUGCUUUAUUCCUAAUGCUUAUGACCGUGAAGGAGAAUCUUGACAAUGUUUACUUUUUAUGGGAUGAGACAAAGAUAUAGAAGCACCUUGCAUUCGGUGAAGUGGGAUAGAAUAGUGUUUUCGAUAAAGGAGGUGGGAGCUUUGCAUUAGAAAUUUGAAGUCUCAUAAUAAUGAUUUACUUUUGAAGUGGUUGUGGAGGUGUCACAACUGUGGAAAAGAAGUAGGACAUCUAUGGAUAAAGGGAAAUAUCUAGCAAAUAUGGUUUGGAUUCGAGGAUGAAUCAUUUUCAAAAAGGGGAGGAUGUACUAGCAUGGAUGGCGUGAUUGAUACUAGCAUGGAUGGCUUGGACGACAUGUACGAUGUUCGUAAAAUGGAAGCUUAAGAGUUUGUGAGAAUGAAGUUGGGGAAGAAAAGAGGCCAUUUGUGCAUGAGACUAAGCCUUAAAUUCAAGAAUUCACAAAGAAGACAACCAACAAGGCCCUGUCUCAUUAAGGGCAAUAUUGCACUGGUCAUUUUAAUUGAUGGGGCCUGUUUAAAGAAUUUGAUUAUCUUAUUUAUCUGGGGCAUACAAAUUUUGGCAUAAACGAGGUUGAGUGUUGACUCAUGGAGCUUAAAGUUUCAUCCUCGAAGCCAGCCUUUUCACUUUCUGAUUGCAACAGUGAUCCUGAAGAGAAAGAGAUCAGUGAAGAGGAUGAUGAUGAUCGCAAUCACAAGCAUCGUAGGAGAGAAUUGCAUUCUCAAUCUGCAGAGACAGAGGCUGUUGAACCAGUUUUCAGUAGACCAUUCAGGAAACGAAACAAGCCUUUUGAAAAUGGACAUCUUUAUGGGGAAGAGGACUCUCAAUUAAGUGAAACCAAGUUCCCAAGAAGACGAGGAAUGGGCUCAAUUUCCAGAGCUUCUCUGGAUUCAUACCAAAGAAUGAGGCUGAAUCAAUCACAGUCUGGUGAUGCUGGUAACGGUAGGGGUCAAGGAAGAGACCUUAGUGCUUGGGGCCAACGUGCUUCCAGGUUCAGCUCGGUGGAUAUUGCAUCUCAACUGUUUCCACAGGGCCCCGUCACUCCCGCUAUCUUUACUGGAAGAGGGGUGCAAAAUGUUGCUAAUGCUCAGAGUUCAUCUUGGAGUGCAUUCGGAAUGGUUCCAGGAAUAUCUAAUGGUGGUGUUGAUACAUUUCAUUCCGUUGGUUUCCCGGGAACACUCAGGUCAUCCUUGAAUCCUACUGUGAAUAUGGGUAUUCUUCCAAGGCAGAGAUGUAGAGACUUUGAGGAGCGGGGAUUUUGCCUGAGAGGAGAUAUGUGUCCAAUGGAGCAUGGAGUAAAUCGUAUAGUUGUUGAAGAUGUUCAGAGCCUUUCUCAGUUUAAUCUUCCUGCGUCACUUCCUAAUGCACACAUGCUUGGAGCAGCUACUGGACAAGGAUCUUUACCUGUGAUAGGGCCUUCUGGUUCAUUGACUUGUGGCAAACCUUUACAUUGCAAAAGUAGCAAAUUUCCAGUGAUUGAUGAUGCAUUGGGCUUCACUGAUGGUUUUGUUGAUGGUUCUAUACCUGGGGGAGCUGAUUUCUAUGAUCCUGACCAGCCUUUGUGGUCAAAUGAUCGUCCUGAAACUUCAGACGCACUACAGGAUUUAACUCCAUCUAACAUUGAUGAUAUUUGUCCUUUGUUAGCUGCAGACUCCUCUGAUUAUGAUCAAGUUGGGCUCUGUGAUCCCUUUGAUCUUGAGCAUCCACUUAGAGGUGCUAAGGCAGCUUCAGGAUCUCAGAGUGUGUGGGGAAGAAUCCGAAGGUCUAAAAAUAAGUUGAAUGUGAAAGAGAGAACUGCGUGUACUGGAAAUGCUUCACGUUUUGAUGAGAUGGGAAAAGAUCUGGAACUAUUUGACAGCAGUCGGGGCAUAUCCCUUCCAGGGGAUCUAUUCAAUGAAGAUACUAUUGACCUACAAAUGAAGGACUUAUCUUCCAGGCCCCAAGGUAGUUCUGGACAUAAUAUUAGGAAACCUUCUCAAAAGGCGCUUCGCACUCUGUUUGUGAGAGGCAUUCCACAGAAAGACAACAAACCAGAUGUUCUUCUUUCGCAUUUUAAAAAAUUUGGGGAGGUCAUUGACAUCCACAUCCCACUGAGUGGUGAUCGAGCUUUUGUUCAAUUUUCUAAGAGAGAAGAAGCUGAGGCUGCUUUAAAGGCACCUGAUGCUGUGAUGGGCAACCGAUUUAUAAAGCUUCUUUGGGCAAACAGGGAUAGAAUCAUGGAUGAUGGAGUAAAUGUUGGUAGUAAUUUACCUUUAACUCCUCGUGGAGUGACAUCCAGUUUGGUUCCACCCCACCUAUCUGUUCCUUCUAAUGGAAAAGCCAAUAUCCAGUCCACAGCCCCAAAAGCUGCUGGUCAUGGUCCUGUUGCUCCAUUACCUACUUCUGGUCUACCUAAGCCUGUGGCUCAUAAUGGUCCAAAAGCUGCACCAGCUGUGCAAAAAAAGGUGGAGAAUUUAGAACUUUUGAAGGAAGAAUUGCGCAAGAAGCAGGAGCUGCUUGAUCAAAAGCGCAACGAGUUCCGACGUCAGUUGAGUAAACUUGAGAAACAAUCUGUAGUUGUGAAAGCUGAAGCAAACUCAGACCAGGAACUGGAGAAACAGAAGGAAGGAGAAACAGUAUCCAAUUCUACAAAAGAGAGGUCAAGCUCCAUGGAUCUUAAUGAUGUAUCCUCAGCACAAACUGAAGCAGUCUCCGUUUGUAGCAGAUCAACAGAUAAUGCAGAGCACUCUUGUUCUAUACCAUGUUCUGCUGUAGCUACACAGGAACCGUCAAGCUUGAGGCUGUCAAUUCGUCCACUGGCCCCGCAUGGUGCACCUUUUGUUUUCAAUAGAUACAAACUAGACAAUCGUCCCACUGCCUUCAAAGUCCUUCCACCUAUGCCAAGUGGUCUUGCAAAUGUUGCCGUCUUGAAGGAACAUUUCUCCACUUUUGGUAACCUUCCCUCAGUUGAGCUGGAUGAUUCGGAGCUGCAAGAUGGUAAUAAUGGCACGAAGACGUUAAACAUAUCUGCUUGUAUAUGUUUCCCAACGCGCCGAUCUGCUGAAAGGGCAUUUUCGAAUGGCAACAUCUGGCAAGGCCAAGCUUUGCAGUUUAUGUGGUUGCAGUCUAGUAAUUCUACCAAGGAUAUUGGUGUCAAAAAAGAUGCUGAUUGUGCAUUGAAACAGCCUCCAGAUGUUAGUUUUCAGACCGCCCCAAAAAACACACAGGAAGAAACUGCUGUGGUGAUUAAUGAUCCUGAAAAAUGUGAUAUAGAAUGCAAGAAACAGCCUUCAAAUGCUGAUGUUCAACCAAGCCCAAACGAUCCUUUCUGGUUCACUGGAAGGAAAUGCUGUAGGGAUUGAUAAACUUGAAAAACGUUAUGUAGAGAGUACGGCUGUGAAUGUAGUUCUCAACUCCAGUUCAGUUUCUAAUUUCUGUUGGGAAACAGGUAGCUGAAUGUGAUCGAUAAUGAUGGUGGCCCAAUUGUCAGAGUUGUACAGUGAGGUAAAAUUUUGAAUCACUUCUAUGUAAUUUCAGGAGUAAUAGCUACUUACACAUUUUAGUUUCAAUUUUGCUUAUCUUAUUAUCUGGAAAUGUAAAGAGGAAUUUUUUUUGUUUUGAUUUUUUACCAUCUGAUGGCAUUCCUGGUUUAUAUCUGUA